UAAAAGUGAAACUCAUAUAUAGCCAUACAUAUUCAUAUACUAUUAUAUAUUGCAUCAAAGAAUUUCCAAAGAAAGAUCCAGAAAGAGUGAAGAAGAAGAAAAAGAAGAAGAAACCAUGGAAGGUUUACAAAGAUCUGCAGUAUCUUUCAGAAGACAAGGUUCAUCAGGAUUUGUUUGGGAUGAUAAGUUCUUACAAGAAGAAAUAAACAAAAUGAAUCAGAAUCAGAACAACAAUCAAGAACAAGACAAAGAUGAAAUCAAAGAAAUGAAUCGUGAUGAACCACCACAGCUUGGAUCAAUCAAUACUAUUCAGAGGAGUCGUUCUAAUGGUGGAGGACGUGGUUACCGUACUGGAAAAGUUUCUCCGGCGAUCGAGCCGCCGUCGCCGAGGAUAUCGGCUUGUGGAUUUUGUGGUGCUUUUGGGAAAGUAGGGGAAAAGAGAAAACCACCUCCUAAGCAUCGAUCCAGGUAGUGUUUGUUUUUUUUUUGUGUCUUUGUCGGUGGUUUGAAGCGGUUGUUUUAGUUGCCGGAGAUGGAAUAUUCCGGCGAGGGUGAAAGGUUAUGGUGUUUUAUGUAAUACUAGUAGUAUUAAUUACUUUAGGUUUGUGGGGUAGUAAUUAGUUGUUGAGUUCAUCAUGAAUUAUUAUUAGUAUUAUUAAGAACAUAAUGAUGAUGAAUAUGUGUUUUUUUUAUUUUUUUUCCUUUUGCUUUGUUAUCAUUAUAGUAUUCAAUAUUCAAGUGGCUUUGUUUACA